AUGCCUCCAAAAAGGAGAAAGAAGACGAGUGUGGCAUCUCCACCGGCGGAGUCCGACAACGACGAAUCUGAAUAUCAAGGGAGCGACGUGUCCAUGGCAGAUGCAACCCCAGACGACCAACCCGAGGCUUCUGCCAACAAACCGGCAAACAACGCUCCAAAUCCCACCACCAGGCGAGCAAACAAGAAGAAGCCCAAGCGAAGGCCUGCCAAUGAGCAAGAGUUUGGCUACGGCCAGCUGCACCAAGAGUUCGCAGCCUUCAGACGUCUCUUCCAAGUGUUCUUGGAUCGUACCAUGCCGCAGGGCGAUGGCAGCACCGCCAUGGAUGUUGCCACGAAGCCGCUCUCGAGCCGCAGGCCAGAGUGCGUUGUCAAGACAUCUUUUGAGCCAGCUGAAUCCCGGAAAAAGUUCACCGGCUACUACACCGAGUGGAUCAAAGCCUUGAAGCAGCUUGACAACGUCUACCACCAAGUCAGAGAGAUCUUUGUGUACGACGAUUACGUCAACUUUACCUUCAAAACCCCAGACGCCGCCAAAAGUUUCACGCCUAACAAGGAGGAUAUGUUCAAGGCGCUUGGUAGUGAGACCCCAGUCAGCUGCUUCCAGCGGGCCGAUGAGCACUACUACGUGGAGCUCUUCUUUCGUGGUCGCGAUUUCCGCCAUACCCACGCCAGUGACGCUAAGAAGAUGCUCGCCGAGUUGGGGCUGGAUUCCGACAAGUUCUCGGUGAUGUUCAGGGAAAAACGCCAAAGGUUUAUUGCCAAGUUCACAGACAUGGCAGAGGCCGAUAGGCUGCUUGAACUGUAUGAAAACGAAGGUGGAACUCAAGGCGAAGGGCUUCUGAUCGAUUACUCGUACGCUCACUUACGGUUUGUUCUCUUCCUCUCCCUCUCCGUAACGUGGCACCGCUGA